AUGAAAAACAAAUCAUCCAGAAAUGGGCUACCUAAAAACGUUGGCCCAUUGCGCGAUACUGGACUGUCGCUGGCCGGAGUUAGGCCCUUUUUGAUUAAUUUGAGGGCUAUGGAUUUCCUGGCAACAUCUGAAGGCCAGCUGUUUGUUGGUGUUGCUGUUGCUCUUAUCGCAAUUGGUGCAGCAUACUUCUUGUUGUCUCCGAAGAAGCCCAAAGUGUGCUUGGAUCCUGAGAAGUUCAAGGAGUUCAAGCUUGUCAAGAAAACACAAAUUAGCCAUAAUGUGGCAAAAUUCAAGUUUGCCCUUCCUACGCCUACCUCCGUUUUGGGCCUUCCUAUUGGCCAACACAUAAGCUGCAGGGGCAGGGACAGUCAAGGUGAAGAGGUUAUUAAGCCAUAUACUCCAACAACCUUGGAUUCUGAUGUUGGAUAUUUCGAGUUAGUAAUAAAGAUGUAUCCCCAAGGAAGAAUGUCUCAUCAUUUUAGAGAGAUGCGUGAAGGUGAUUAUUUGUCUGUGAAAGGACCAAAGGGUCGUUUUAAGUAUCAACCAGGGCAAAAGAGGGCAUUUGGAAUGCUUGCUGGAGGGUCUGGAAUCACACCAAUGUUCCAGGUUGCUAGAGCUAUCCUUGAAAACCCCAAUGACCAUACAAAGGUGCAUCUGAUUUAUGCCAAUGUUACAUAUGAAGACAUUCUGCUGAAGGAUGAAAUAGAUAGCCUUGCCAAAAACUACCCUGGCAGGUUCUAUGUUUACUAUGUACUCAACCAGCCUCUUGAAGUGUGGAAUGGUGGGGUCGGUUUUGUGUCGAAGGAAAUGAUUCAAGCUCACUGUCCAGCACCGUCCUCUGAUAUUCAGAUUCUGAGAUGCGGUCCUCCCCCAAUGAACAAAGCCAUGGCUGGUCAUCUCGAAGCCCUUGGAUAUUCUGCUGAAAUGCAGUUUCAGUUCUAA